AUGCCUGGUGCAGGCUUGGGUGGUGCGACUGCUGCGCGAGAGGCCGCUUCGUCUGAACUGCCACUCCGAGGAGGCCCCGUUCCCAAAGACCGAGUUACAAUUGAGCUGUAUUAUUGCGCAUACAAGAGCGAUGCCCCUGACUGCUGCGGUGAUGUAAUGCGUUACCAUGAGUCUGCAUCGUGGAUCUUCACUGUCCAGAUACUUGGCUUCUCUUUUACUUAUGAGCAUUUGGUCCAGGAGGUUAGCAAGCUCCUGUGCACGCAUUUCAAGAUCGAAGAGGCGUCCGGCUUGGCCGAGCAGCGGUGGCCGAACGGGCAAGCUUACAUGCAGCUAUCUGGCAGUAUGUGGGUGGACUGGAAUAAGAGCAGAUCCUCACGUAUCACACCGCGGACAUUCCCAGAAGUCAUGGUUUCUUUGAGAGGAAUGCCAAAUGCCGUAAUCAAGGCUAGAUGCACAUUGAUGCAAGAUAUUCGCGCAGAGGAGGAUAUCGUACAAGCCAACAAAUCAGUAACCCGAUGGAAGUGUGCAGAGAUGGAGCGGAUUGCGAGACAGCGCAAGCAGGAGGAGGAUGCCGAACAAGCAGCAGAAGAGCGUCGUAGAUCAGAAGUCGUCGAAGUGCAACGGAAACAGGUGGAAGCUGACAAGCCAACGUUAGUAGUGCGGUCCAAGAAGUCGUUCGCUGGCCUGAAGAAGAAGGCAUCUCGGGCUGGUGAGUUAUGGUUCCAUGGUACCGGGUGA